AGUAGCAGUCGACAUAACAUAACGUGUGGAAUACGUGGCUUCAAUAUUAAGCAACACGGCGACUGUUCCGAAUUCUGCGUUAAAUCAAAGCCUUUCCCAAUUCUUUUCUUCAUUCAUUCAAAACAAAUAACCAAACCGAAUGAGAGCAACUCUUUCUUCUCCCUUUCCAAUUCCAUCGCUUCUUUCCUUCUUCUUCCUCUUCUUCUCCAUCUUCACCGUUCUGCAAUCUUCCGGCGACUGUUCCGAUUUCGAUCACGCUCAAAUGGCUACCAUGGUCGGCGGCAUCUCCGAUUCCCCCACUUCUCAAAACUCCCUCGAAAUUGAAUCCCUUGCUCGAUUCGCCGUCGAUCAACACAAUGCCAAACAGAAUUCACUUCUGGAGUUUGCGAGAGUGGUGAAAGCACAGGAACAGGUUGUUGCUGGUACAAUGCAUCACCUUACUAUUGAGGCUAUUGAUGCGGGUGAGAAGAAGAUCUAUAACGCCAAAGUCUGGGUAAAACCCUGGUUGAACUUUAAAGAACUUCAAGAGUUUAAGCAUACUGGUGAUGGUGAUGGACCUUCGUUUACUUCUGCUGAUCUUGGUGUCAAAAAGGAUGGCCCCAAGCCGGGGUGGCAGUCUGUGCCAACAGAAGACCCUGCAGUUCAGGAUGCAGCAAAUCAUGCUAUUAAGACCAUCCAGCAGAGGUCCAAUUCACUAGUGCCCUAUGAACUCCAUGAGGUUGCUGAUGCGAAGGCUGAGGUCAUCGAUGAUGUUGCUAAGUUUGAUUUGCUUCUCAAGCUCAAGCGAGGAGAAAAACAAGAGAAAUUCAAGGUACAGGUGCACAAGAAUAACGAAGGGAGUUUCCAUCUUAAUCACGUGGAAGCAGAUCAUUCCUAGCAAUCUUGAUAUGAAGUUUGGUCAUGGUAGCAGCAUUAUAGGCCUGCUUGGACCCUAAAUUUGCACUUUUUAUAUAUGGGCCGUGUAUCGUGUAUGACUCACACAUAACUAGUACGUUUCAAAAUAGCCCUUGUUUUAUGUCUCAACAAUUAUAUAUCAGUGGUUGUCCUUUUCUUUA